AUGUACAUCGCUCUCUACUACGUAGUCGCGCGCCUCCCUGACUCCCUUCGAGUCGUCAGGGACCACUUUCUCGCAGUCUGUCCCACCACCCUCACCGUCGACCUCCUCGAGAAGGCCCUCCUUGCAGCGGAGAAGAGCAUAGUCGCUGUAGGUGCUUCUCGUGGUGACCCUCGCACCCCCAUCUUUGAGGGGUGCUCUCCUUCCCCCUUGCUGCCCUCUGUUGCCUCUGCUGCUGCUGCCGACCUGCUUGGGCGCGGGGGAGCUGGAGGGGGCGGUGGCGGUGGCGGCGGUGGCGGCGGAGGGAGUGGGGGUGGCGCCGGGACUAGUGGCGGGGGUGGUGGUGUGGUGGUGGUGGCAGCAGCGGCGGAGACGGUGGUGGUGGUGCCAGCGGUGGUGGUGGAGGCAGCGGCGGAGGUGGAGGCGGCGGAGGUGGAGGCGGUGGAGGCGGCAGCGGAGGAGCUAGUAGUGGGUGUAGGAGGUGGAGCUGGUCGGGGUGGUACCCAGCAGCGUAGCGGCGUGGUGGGGGUGGUGGGUGUGGACCGGCGCUCGCACCGGCAGCAGCAGCAGCGCUCGCGGGACAUCCCUUCGCCUCAGCAGCUUCGUGAGUGGUACGCUGGGCGUCAGAGGGGUGGGGGUACUGGUCCCUGCACCUACGUUCUUCGUUCCGACGACCGCGGCGGUUGGCAGUGUGGGGGUGCCCACGCCACAGCGCUGCUUUGGCCGCCUGACGGACGCCUGGCGUCAGCAGUUCCCUGGGCUAGUGAGAUCCCUCGCUGGGAUGAGCUUCUCAGGGCUG